CGCGGCCGGGCGCCGCCAGGAGAGGGCGCGGCGCGGCGCUGCGGAGCGCGGCUGGCGCCCGAGUUGUUUCCCGGAGCCCGGAGCCGCGAGACGCUCGCAGUGAGCCCAGCCAGCUCGGGCCGGGCUGGGCUAGGCGGGGCCGGGCGGGGCGGCCCACAGGGAGCUCGCCCCGGGUCACGCCGGCGCCCGCCAGCCGAGCGCGGCGGGGAGCGCGCCAUGGACCCCAAAACGGGCGGUGGCGAGGAGGAUGACUGCGUGGACUCGGGCGCCGAGACCGGAGGGUCUGACUACAGCCACAUGUCCUCCACCAGCAGUGAGCUCUCCGUGGAGGAGGCGCAGGACCCUUUCCUGGUUAGCAUCCACAUAAUCGCAGACCCAGGGGAAUCCCAGCCCCUGCAGGAGGCCAUCGACAAGGUCUUGGCCUGGAUCCACCCGGACCUGCAGCUCUUCCGGGUCUCGGAGAGGCGGGCGCCCCGGCGGCGGAGGAAGCCUUCGAAGGUGGCGCAGCCGGCGCUGGCCGUGGUGCUGUUCCUUCAGGAGGAGUACGGCGAGGAGCCCAUCCUGCAGCUGCACCGCACGCUGCAGCGGCCGCCCUGGCGCCACCACCACACGGAGCGCGUGCCGCGCAGGCUCCUGCCCUACCUGCCCUGCAGCCAGGACUUCUUCACGCUGGCCCCCGGCACGCCGCUGUGGGCCAUCCGGCCCGUGCACUACGGCAAGGAAAUCGUGCGCUUCACCAUCUACUGUCGCCACGACAACUACGCCGACAUCCUCAAGUUCUACGAGCUGAUCCUCCGGCGCAGCCCCAGCCAGAAGAAGACGGACUUCUGCAUCUUCCCCAUUUUCUCCAAUCUGGAUGUGGACAUCCAGUUCUCCCUGAAGAGACUGCCCUGUGACCAGACCCCCGUCCCCACCGACUCCUCGGUGCUGGAGUUCCGGGUCAAGGACAUCGGCGAGCUCGUGCCUCUCUUGCCCAACCCCUGCAGCCCCAUCAGUGAGGGGCGCUGGCAGACGGAGGACCUCGACGGGAACAAGAUCCUCCUGCAGGCGCAAAGGGUGCACAGGAAGUUUCCGAAACCCGGCAGAACUCAGCCCCCGUCAGAGCAGAGACCUCAUCCCGCGCCUCCGCCGAGCACCCCGGCCCCGAGCAGCACAACUGGCGGCAGCCAGCAGCCCCUGCCGGAAGGGUCACACCUGGGGUCCGGCCCCACGGGCCUGCCUCCUGGGCCCCAACGAGCCAGCGGCCCUCCCAGCCUCCCCUGGUCUUUCCAGAGAAGCAAGUCCUUGUUUUGUUUGCCCACGGGAGACCCCUCCCCAGGCUCCUCGGCCCUGCCACAGUGGUUCUCAAACACAGGUGACGCGGGGCACAGGGCGUCAGAGUGGAGGCAUGGCUGCCUCCUCUCCAUCGAUGACUUGGAGGGGGCCCAGGAGACGGACGUGGACACGGGCCUCCGCCUGUCCUCCUCGGACCUCUCUGUGGUCUCUGCUUAUUCCGCGCCCAGUAGGUUCUGCGGCACCGGGGAAGCAGCCCUCCCCUCUGCAAGAUGCGGCGGCCACUGGUCCAAGCCCAGGGGUUCCAGAGACGGACCACUGCCCGCUGGGGGCGGGGUGACCACAGACACCUCCUGGGCUUCCCUCCCUUUCUUCACCAAAGGGCCCGCCAGCUCCUCCGCGACAGCUGCUGCUGCUCCCACUGCUUCCGGCCCCUCCUCGCUCACAGAGUCCGCACCGGAGCCUCCCUGUGCUGCUCCCAGCGCCGAGCAGACCGGCGGGGAUGCCCCACCGCCCCCAGCGUUGACCGGACCUGUGGACAAUGCCAUGGAGGAAUUCUACAUCUGAACACCCUCUGCCCUUGUUUUUCAGACACACUGGCUCGGGUCCUGCUGGCCCCGCUGGGGCCCGAACCCCGCCCGCGUUCUCAGCCCCGCUCCCCCGUCUGUCUGGGAUCCGGCUCAUCACACGUUGGCCGCACGGCCCAUGCUUACCUGAGAGGGGGCAGGUUUCUAGACACUCAGUGGAAAAAUACCAGCGUUUUUAUGCAAAUAAAUUCUCAAGCUUCUGUUGUAAAAAUUUUUUGAAUCCUCCGUUCCCUUUGAGAUACGGUCUAGUGCACUUAAUACAAUUUAAAUGCUUCCUAUAAUUAUUUGAAAUGAAAAGAAAACCUAGUCAGCCGGAGCUGAUUUGGCAAUUUUUCAUGCUGUGAAGGAAAAACAAUUAAAGCCAAAACGUUGAAUGUGGGAAAGAUACUAAGUGACCUGUAGGAGAGAUUAGUGCACAAUAACGUAACGUACGGCUUACUGGAUUCUGCGUACAUAUUUGCAUUACCAGGGACCAGUGGCCCUGAGAAUUUCCAGGGAGUGCUUAAUAGUGAAAAACCUCAGCUUGAUAAAACAGUAAACAUAUAUCAGACUAUGGUAGCGUCUCACUUGGAUGCCGUGCGACAUCGGGAAAUAUGGAUUUAUGCGAAGGUAGCUAAUAUAUUUUAGAAGGAUUUAUCCUGAGUGACAGACUCUGUGAUUUGAGUUCCCAAAACCAGACUGGCAUCCACCUUUCAGUGACACCUUCACCGUAACAAGGAGAGUCUGCGGAGGACCACUCCACUACCCGGAUUUAUUUGGAUCACUGAAGAAUUGCUCAUUGGAGUAGGUAGUGUUAAGAUUCUUCAACUUUAAAACCCACAGUCCAAGGGCUAUGUAUAUACGUCUCUAUAUAAAUGACAGGAGCCACAUUUUAUACCACUUUCUCCAAUAAACGUGCAUUGUCACACACCCUGAUCUUUUCGUCCUUAAAUAAUUUGUAACGUUUUUUAAGCGGCAUUGCGAUUGCACAGAUUAAUAAAUGCCCCCGUCUUCUCCAAAUGGGAAGCUUCAUAGGAAAUGCUGCCCUGGACGAACACUGUUUCAUUGCUAGCCUCCCAUGAGUACAUAGAAGCCUUAACUGAAGCAGGAGCUCUAGCCCAACCUUAGCCUUUUCUGCCUGUUGUCUGCCUCUGUCAAGCUUGAAUGGUAGUUCAACGUCACCUUUCUCACUCCAGUGAGGGUAUGUUUACACUUCCAAACUCAGCAGUGCCAAGUGCUUUCACCUUUGGGAAAGAAGGGCAUGGAUUUAUUUGCCUUGCUCAUUUCCUCAUCUGGUGCUCCUCGCCUACAUGACUCGUAGCCCAGCUCUCACCUCUCUGGAAGUGCCCAGACCAGUCCAGACACCGCCUCAGAAUCCUCGUCGACACUGUCCUCCAAGCUGCCGUUAAGCCUUUGCCUUCCCUGCAACGAGAAGCUCAGAUCCUGUCCCAAACAUCCUGGAUAUUCCCGGCCUCCCAAAUCAUAAUAUGCUCCAUUUUAAGUAAAUAAAAACACCAUCUCUUAUAAUUCUGGGCCAGGAGAGAGCAAACUUUUUUCUAGAAAGGGCUAGGUAAUGAACAUGUUAGGUUUUGCCAGCCAUUGGGUUUCUGUUGCAACUACUCAACUCUGUCAUCACAGUGCGAAAGCCGCCAUGGAAGAUGUGUAGGUGAAUGGGCGUGGCUGAGUUCCAGUAAAGCCUUCUUCACAAGAACCGGCCUAAGCCUCGUGCUGGACUGAGGAUGAUUUACGAUCUCGGGCACAGUCCACAGUAAAGCUUCUCAGUCUGCAGCCCUCUGCUGCCGUGGGGUCCUCACGUCAUGCCAGGGACUACAGAACCACAGGGCUCAGAGCAGUGAGGGACUUCUUUCUGCUGAGAUGGUUCCUAGAAAGCCACUAGCUGUGUACCUCCCCUCCGGAAAUGUGACUCGCGGCAGCUGAGGAUGAGAAACAACACGUUAACGUUAGGGAAGAGAAAACUCCGAGGUGUCGAUGCAGCCUCUGAGGAACAGGAGGCAAGCUCAUGCGUAGCAAAGGUCCAUGAGACAUAAACAAGUGGACCAACUGCCAAGUUUGGCUCCUCCUGGCUUCCCCCCUACCAGUACCCUUAUUAUACUUGCAUGCACCCCCAGGAUUGCUUCGGAGCCCAACCCUGAUGCUGUCUGGUCCGAUCCCUUCUUUGUGACCCACCCUCAGCACAGUCCAGUCUACCCAGUUCAGCGACCCCAAAGGAUGUCAGUGAUGCCAUUUAAGAGCAGGAAAUGCAAGAUGCCCCUGUAACACAAGGGGAGCACUGAGGGAAGCCCACCACACACAUUCAUGCAUCCCCCUCCCUUCCCUCCCAGGCUGUGGUCAGAAGUGGCCAUAUACCCUGUGCAGAAGAAUGUCACAGAGAGAUGUUGACAAAGCCCCAGCUUCAACUUCUGGCUGUGCACCAGCAUUUUCCUCAUCCAGGAAGUCUCCUGACACCCACUGGGGGAGCCGCAUUACUUUUGUUGUGAUAGAUGCUGGCAUACUGUAAGUGCUCAAUAAAUUUGUUCAAUUGAAACACA